CUCGCUUCCUGCAUAAACAAAGCUUGCCUGGGCUACAUUCUGCAACUGGGUUGGACGGCGAGAAUCGUUUUAAAAUGGCGCAAGCUGGGGUUUUCCUGGAGCACGACCAGUUCAACUGUUCCAUAUGUUUGGAUGUCUUAAAGGACCCUGUGACUAUUCCAUGUGGUCACAGUUAUUGUAAAGGCUGCAUUAAAGGCUACUGGGACCAGGAUGACUAUCUGGGGAUCUAUGGCUGUCCUCAGUGCAGGCAGAGCUUCGCUCCCAGACCCAUGCUGGGCAGGAACACGAUGCUGGCAGAUGUGGUGGAGAAACUGAAGAAGACGGGGCUCCACACUGGACCGACAGCGUCUGAUCCGACCCAAGCCGAGCCCGGGGAUGUGGAGUGUGAUGUUUGCUCUGGGACGAAAAACAAAGCCUUUAAAUCCUGCCUGGUGUGUCUGGCGUCUUACUGCGAGACCCACCUUCAGCCCCACUACGAGUCUCCUGCCUUUCAGAAACACAAGCUGGUGUCUCCUUCAAAGAUGACACAAGAACAGCUCUGCUCUCGCCAUGAGAAACUCCUGGAGGUGUUUUGCCGCACGGAUCAGCAGUGCAUUUGUUAUCUUUGUUUAACUGAUGAACACAAAGGACACGACACUGUUCUAGCUACAGCAGAGAUGAAUGAGAAAAAGAAUGCUCUGGUGGAGAUACAGAGGAUUUCCCAGCAGAGGAUUCAGGAGAGAGAGAAGGAGCUGGCCGACCUGAGAGAGGCUACACAGAUGCUCACUCUCUCCGCACAGACGGCCCUCGAGCAGAGCGAGCGCAUCUUCACAGAGCUGGUGUGCUCUAUAGAGCGCCGGCGCGCUGAAGUGACGGAGCUGAUCCGGGGUCAGGAGAGGGCGGCAGUGAGCCAAGCUGAAGCACUCCUUCAACAACUGGAGCAGGAGAUAACAGAGCUGAAGAAAAGACACGCUGAAUUAGGAGAGCUUUCACAAACAGAGGACCAUAUCUCCUUCCUUCAGAACUGCAGGUCUCUGUGUACUCAGCCUGUGCCUGUUAAAUUGCCAAACAUCACCUCUGACCCAAACUUUGGAUGCAUGAUGGCGGCGCUGACAGAGUUCCAGGCUCUCCUCGAGGACGUCUGCCAGGGAGGAUUUGUCAAUAUCUCAGAGAAAGUGAAUGAUGUUACUAUUAUUGAGAGCACCAAAGCGAGGACAGAUUCAGAGUCCAUUACAGCUUCAGCACCGGUCUUUGGUCAGGCUGUACAGAACCCGUUUACCAUUAGCGUCCCGACAAUUAGUGUGUUUCCAUUCUCAUCAUUUGGAUCCAGAUCACAAGCUCCUCGUCAGAAACUGCAGCCACGUAGGAGGCGAAGGUAGCCUUAAGAUCGGCCUGAGAAAUGCCUGAUUAGAAUUCAGUCAAGAGGCCAAAGUCGGUUUGUGGCAGUUUUUUGGAACAUGUACAUUUUCAUGGUUAAAAAAGAAAAG